GAAAGUAUGUACAUCACCCUUUCCGUUUAAAUAGCUGCUUUAUGUAUACAACUUUCAUUGUUAUUUGAUAUGCGGAGAUAAAAGAUGUUUUAAAUAUCUCUAUCCUAACGAGUCAUAUAUUCCAUGAAAAUUAACAUUUAAGUGUUCAGACUAAACAUAAGAAUGGAGUUGUUCGUGUUUGUAUUUUUAGUCUUCAUUUUCCAACCAACCCUGAGUCUUUCCGGGAAUUAUUCUGAGGAUCAGAUGACAGUUAUCUUUACUAAUUCGUCAUCUUUGAAUAAAGAAUCCCUGGUGACUUUCUCCAGAAACUGCAGUGUGACGCCAGUGUCUGAAAUGCUAAGACACGACAUCAAAGAACUUCUAGACGCCGGAACCAAACUUAUCAUCUAUGAACUGAAGUUUCGAAACCAUUCCGGAAAGAUUCCAGGACAAUCGGAAUCUGACAUUUACAAACCUUUUCUUUGGGAAAGAAGUACCGGUCGGCAUGGCCAAGGACUUUUAUUUUUGAAGACGGCUUUCGAAAUACUUUCACUUUCGACACUGAGUUACGGCACUGAAAAUAUGAAAGUAGAAUUACAGGAAGAACCAAUAGGAUGCUUAUUACAAAGGGAUAUAAAGGAUGUGGAGAAAGGUCUUCGACAUAUUUUACUAAAUGAUUUCAAAGAAAUCUCACCAGACGGAGCUGGUGGUAGUCUUAGUGACAAUGAACAUGUCUGCAACAUGCACAUCAAAAAUGUAAACAACAGAGCUGUUUUCUACCACGUGUGUUGUUCUAAAACUCCUAAAGGUUAUUUUGUAUGUAGAGAACUUGUGAAAGACAUAUGGGUCCAUCUUUUAUUCUACUGCAUAUAUUUUAUCAACUUCCUUGUCAUUAUGUUCUGUCCCUAUCUCAUACCAAAGGCUUGGUAUCACGACAAGUACAAAACUUUGAAGUACGAAUUCAACUGUGAUAAUCCAAUCCAAAUCAGGGUAAAGAAAAUUUACCGAAAGAACCCACCGCCCACAGCCGAAAAUAUUGUGAACAUUGACGAUCUGUCGCUAAUGAAGGCGUUUAAGGAACAGUUGGAUGAGAUGGAUGAAGAUAAUGUUUAUGCACUCACUCUUUCAAAGAUACAUCUCAACGUUAAGCAUGAGCGUUUAAUUCCUCCAAACGACGUUCCAGUUGGAAUUAUCAGAUCCAUUUACGAUUCGUUUUUUCGUUGUCAAAUCCGGGAAAGGGAUUCUUUGAAACCAUGUUGCAACCGUAGUAUAUUUGAACCUACCACACGAACUUCGUUGGUCAUCAAACAUUUGAAGUGGUAUCAAUGUUUACAAAAACUUAUGUUCAUUAUUUCAUGCAUUGUGGUCAUCAUUCCAUGGAUUUUCAGAAUAGCAAUUUUCUAUCGGUAUGAAGACAGAGAACACGAUGAUAAGGACGAUGCUGCACGUGACCGGAAGUUAACAUUGCACUUUGCUUACUUUCCCGGCAGCAUGCUGAGUUUCUUAACUCCUGUGCAUGGUGUCUUCGUAUUCUGCUACGCUAUACUGGUAUCAGACAGUGUUUUACUUGGACUUCUAGAAUUGAUAAGUUCAGAACUGAAACAAAACAUUGAAAUUGUUCUUCGAAAGUGCUUCCGAGACAUGCAUGAAUCUUCGUAUUCGAGAUCAUUCGGAUGGGCUAUAAGAACUUUGCUUUAUCCAUUCAAGGAAUAUGGCGUUUUCGCCUUUUUCAUCGUCGGAAUAUACUGGCUGUUCGUUUUACCAGUUAUCAUCAUAGGUCUAGCAUUUUAUUGCGUACCAACACUUAACAUCGUGUUGCGAUUACUGUGUCAUCUGAUCAUUGUGGUCUUCCCAAAUUUUAAAUUUGUAUCCAGAUUGAAAGAGAAAAUCAGCGUAGUUGGCCUUCUCAGAAGAGAAACUAUUGCUCGCCUGUCUACAAAAUCAAGUGGUGGCUUUCGUACUGUACAGUUAGUAACCAUUUUAUUGAGCAUAUUGGCUUUGAUGUCCUGUGUAAUUUUAGUUGUCGAAGUCAUUGUUUUCUUCGUUGAGAUGAUAGUCUAUACCUUGAUUGGUGUCAUUCUCAAUGCUUCUCAAACUCUGAAAUACAUUUCUUUACUUUUCAUGUUGUCGUUGUAUGCUCGAGACUGUUUUGGUAGCGUUACUCAGAAAUAUCAAACUUUUAAUCAAGCCAUUCACAAGGCGCUUCUCGGAAGAGCGAAAGAACAGGUAAACAAGGUGGCAUGGCAGACGGAAGAUAGACAGCCAAACACUGCCUUCCAGAUCAGUGUUGAUGACCAUAACGACCAGGUUAUAUCGAUGGAUUCCUUUCCUCAUAUGUGUAGUGGCGUCCUGAAAUGGAGUGUUCCACGCGUUCUGUUAUUUUUAGAUAAUCGCGACAAACCGUACAUUACUCGAACAUUCUUUUUCAAAUCCGCCUACAUUGAUCACGUGGGUUGUCCUGGAAGUCUAUACAAAAACUUAGUGAGUGCCCUGCGUCAGUUUUUGACAAUUAUUCUAUUUCUUUUGUUUGUUAUAAUUGUUGUAAUGGCCUUUGGAAACGACUACUCAGUUUCUGGUAUUAAUCAAAUGCUGGCCACACUCGCUGGAGGUUUUCUACCAUGGGUUUUCCGCAAUGUUCUCUUCAAGCCUCCCGCUGACGUGGAGGUAGACACCUCUAGUCUGAGCUUCCAAAAUGUCUUUGAUAACGUGAUCAAGAAUUACAGACAGAACUGGCCGGUAGCUGACAUUAUUGCAGAUUCAAAGCAACCUGAAAGUCAAGAUGUAGAAACAAUGGUAAAUUCUUCUGCUGAAGGAUCUUCUCCUUGUGAGGAAACUGGAAGUGUCACCAAGUUAAACGAGGUGCAUGAGAGGAGAAACAACAUAUUGAUUGUGAACAUGUCAACCAGGGUAAAAUCUGAACGUGACAUAACAGACGUUUGAUGGCUAAAUCUCUCCAUUUCAAUUGACAUUACAAGUAUAUUAUGUUUGAUAUUGAGGGUCUUUUUAUGAAACAUCUCAAAUGCCCUCAUUGAGAUAUUUUCCGUGUCCUAUGGCGAUAUCGAUGAGUUCAUAGUUGCUGUAUAUAUGUUGACGUACAUAAAUUGUCAUCCAUUAUCCCCUUUUCCUUGUCUUCUAUAUAUACUUGUUUCUAUUCAUGUUGUACACAUAUACACUUGUUUAUAUUCAUGUUGUACACAUAUACACUUGUUUAUAUUCAUGUUGUACACAUACACACUUGUUUAUAUUCAUGUUGUACACACACACUUGUUUAUAUUCAUGUUGUACACAUAUACACUUGUUUAUAUUCAUGUUGUACACAUAUACACUUGUUUAUAUUCAUGUUGUACACAUAUACACUUGUUUAUAUUCAUGUUGUACACAUAUACACUUGUUUAUAUUCAUGUUGUACACAUAUACACUUGUUUAUAUUCAUGUUGUACACAUAUACACUUGUUUAUAUUCAUGUUGUACACAUAUACACUUGUUUAUAUUCAUGUUGUACACAUACACACUUGUUUAUAUUCAUGUUGUACACACACACUUGUUUAUAUUCAUGUUGUACACAUAUACACUUGUUUAUAUUCAUGUUGUACACAUAUACACUUGUUUAUAUUCAUGUUGUACACAUAUACACUUGUUUAUAUUCAUGUU